AUGUGGGACUCCUUCACUUCUGGUGUGGCCAUAGAGAUCAUGAGCAAAUCGGACAACUAUGAUGGUGAGAAUGAAUUCGCAGAGAUGAAAUAUCUGAACAUAACAGUCGUUACUUCAAACGAACCAUAUGGUGUGCGUGAUGGCUCCAAUCCUUUCUUUGAUGGGCGUGCCGUUCCGGAGUUCAAUCUGCAGAAAGGUGGAGUGCACAGUGGUCAUGUUCAAACUGGCCUUCAAGAUCCAUUUUGCAUUGUGAAGGGAAGCGACAGAGGGAUAUGCCAGGACGGGUACACCAAGGAAGAAACCGGUCCAUUAGCAGUUCAAGUACUUGUUGCACAGGAAGCAAAACCUAACCAAGAUGUUCAUAGUCCAUUAAACAGGCAGUUCUUCAAAAGCUUUCUGGAUAGAGGAAACGUCUUCACGGUUCCUUCGAACGAGUUCGCUGAGUUCAACAUGUUCCUUGACCCUUUAGCUGCGAAGAAGGUUAUGGAGUCGAAUCUUAGGAUCACGCUUAUUCCUCUCAGUGCUCAGCAGAAAGCGAGCUCCUUUAAGAGGACCUUACAAAACCUAAAGCUUGCAGAGAAGACUCCUGAGUCCAUUUUUGCGCAUAGCUUGCUGUCAUUGCUCGACAAACUGCAGCAGAAGCAACCAAAACUAUACCAUCACAUGGAAAUAUUUCUGGGGGAAGUCCUUGGUGCAGUUUUCUUGGUUGAACAUUCUAAACUAAACGCAACGAUGCAAACGGAGAAGAUUACUAUUUUAACUGGGAACAUGAGCCUGGAUGGGCAGAUUACAGUAGACAAAAGAUAUGGAAAGUUAGUGAACAUAGUGGAUGAAUUUGACAGCGAGGCAUAUUACAAGCUGCUUGCAGAUUUGUUAGGUGAUAAGCAGCAGUCUGCAGUGAUUGGGAGCUUUGAUGAACAGCAGAAGAUAUGGAGAACGCCACCUAAAUGAAGCGGUGGAACAUACGGCAUGAUACCCCACAGGAAGUUACUUUUGUAUGCAAAUAAU